CAUCAUCUAUCUCUCUAUCUCCCUCUUGCAAAACCAAAUGAAUGCUCUCCCAUGGAGGUAGUACAGCCACCUUGGGGACCGAACGACCAGAGGGGUGAUUUUUCCAAGCAAGAGGAGCCGGUCAGCAAGAGACGCAUCGGGUGAAAUCGGAGCUCCCCCCCUCCUCCUCCUCCUCCUCCUCCUCCUCCUCCUCCUCCUCCUCUUCCUCCUCCACCACCAUCACCUCCUCCUCCUUCUUUCUCUCCAUCUCCACCGCACCCCCGCCAGUUUGCUUGGCUCGGGUUGAUAUACAGUAGCCUACAUGGGGAUAUAGGGGGCUGCCGGAGGAACCUUGUUGCGCCCCUUCAAGUGUCCUACUUCAGCCGGGAGCACUGUUUGUCUCCAUCCAUGUUUCCCCGAUGCUGCCCCGUGUCUCCGGAGGGAGCCGCAUUCAUUAGCACCUCAGCUUUGGGUUACUAAAUGGUUUUCUGGGGGAGGAUUUCUAACCGGCGAGAUGCUGCUCGUACUCCUGCUGGCAGCCUUUUCUUCCUCCAUCUCCGGCUCCUUCUCCUCCUCCCUCUCCUCCCCCUCCAUGUCGGACGGACCCCAGAUGGCAGACCCGUCCGCCUCGGACUUGAUGGUGGAGACCUGCAGCGUCUGCUCCUGCAUGUCCGUAGAAAACGUGCUGUACGCCAACUGCGAGAAGAUCACUGUCUAUCGACCCACGCAGCUCAUCCCGCCGGCCUCAUCCCUGUACCACUUGAACUUCCAGAACAACUUCUUAAUAAUACUCUACCCAAACUCGUUCCUCAACUUCACCCACGCUGUGUCACUGCAGCUGGGGAACAAUAAACUGCAGAACAUCGAAGGUGGAGCAUUCAUGGGGAUGAGUGCGUUGAAGCAGCUGCACCUGAACAAUAAUGAGUUAAAGGUGCUGCGAGCAGACACUUUUCACGGAAUAGAAAACUUGGAAUACCUUCAGGCUGACUACAACUUGAUAAAAUAUAUUGAAAAGGGAGCAUUUAACAAACUGCACAGGCUAAAAGUACUCAUCCUGAAUGAUAAUCUCGUACAGGCACUUCCUGACAACAUAUUUCGCUUUGCCUCGCUCACACACCUGGAUAUAAGGGGGAACAGGAUUCAGAAGCUUCCUUAUUUGGGAGUUUUGGAGCAUAUUGGGCGCAUUGUAGAGCUGCAGCUGGAUGACAACCCCUGGAACUGUACCUGUGAUUUAGCGCCUCUCAAGGCAUGGCUUGAAAACAUGCCCUAUAACAUUUUUAUCGGAGAGGCCAUAUGUGAAACACCUAGUGACUUGUAUGGCAGGCUCCUGAAAGAAACCAACAAACAGGAGCUUUGUCCCAUGGGAACAGGAAGUGACUUUGAUGUGAGGAUGCCACCUGCAUCGCCUGAUAAUGGACAGUCACCUUCAAAAAUGUCCCCAACCACUGUGGCUCCUCUGGCAACGAAAGGGCCAAAAACCACUGACUCAUCUAAGAUUUAUGGUAAUGGCAUUGUGGCCGGUUUGUCCCCUUUCGGAAGAAAUAGCCAGAUUGUUUCCUUUCAAACACGGACCCCUCCAUUGUUGUGUCCACAGCCCUGCAGCUGUAAAGCCCACCCCUCUGACUUUGGCAUAAGCGUCAGCUGUCAGGAGAGGAAUAUUAAAAAUCUAGGUGAUCUUAUCCCCAAACCCCCAAAUGCCAAGAAACUUCACCUGAGUGGAAAUUACAUCCGUGACAUAAGCCCGGCUGAUUUCCAAGGCUUUGAGGGAUUAGAUUUGCUCCAUCUUGGCAGCAAUCAAAUUGUCACAGUGCAGAAAGGUGUUUUUUCUAACCUCACUAAUCUGAGGAGACUGUAUUUAAAUGGAAACCAGCUGGAACAGUUACACCCAGAGAUGUUUUUGGGUCUCACAAACUUACAGUACCUAUAUUUGGAAUACAAUGCCAUAAAAGAAAUCUUAGCGGGUACAUUUGAUUCUAUGCCGAACCUACAGCUCCUGUAUCUCAACAACAAUGUUCUGCGGAGUCUCCCUGCCUACAUGUUUGCGGGUGUGUCUUUAGCCAGGCUGAAUCUAAAAAACAACCACUUCAUGACCCUACCAGUGAGUGGUGUCUUGGACCAGCUGCGAUCAUUGACCCAGAUAGACCUAGAAGGGAACCCGUGGGACUGUUCCUGUGAUCUUGUCGCCCUUAAACUCUGGCUAGAAAAGCUAAAUGAUGGAGUGGCUGCCAAAGAGGUGAAAUGUGCCUCCCCUGUGCAGUUCUCCAACAUUGAGCUGCGUCUCUUAAAAAAUGAGAUCCUGUGUCCCAAGCUUAUUGCUAGACCUCCAUUUAUUUUUACCGGCCCCACCCCUAUGUUGACGUCAGUGUCGCCUGCCGGAGUUGGCAAAGCCCCACCGGGAGGUCCUGUGCCUCUCUCAAUCAUGAUCCUCAGCAUCCUCGUAGUGCUUAUCGUGACUGUGUUUGUGGCCUUCUGCCUUCUAGUCUUUGUCCUGAGGCGGAAUAAAAAACCAGCAGGCAGGCAGGAGGGGCUCGGGAAUCAAGAGUGCGGCUCCAUGUCGUUGCAGCUCCGCAGACAUGGUCACAAAUCUGGCAAAAAAGGCUCCAUCCCAGGAGACGACUUGGGAGGUGAGACGUUCAUCCCCCAGACCAUCGAGCACAUUGGCAAGAGCCACACCUGCGGGAUCGGACGCUCCUCGGACAUGGACGCUGGGUUCAAGUUUGCAGACUCGCAGAGGCAGAAGAUCAUCCUGCGGAACAGCGCCGACAAGGAUAAAGACUCGCUUUCCACCCUGGAGCGCAACAAGCGCCUCAGCACCAUCGACGAACUCGAGGAGUUCCUCCCCCAUCGAGAGCCCAGCAUGUUUAUCCAGAACUUCCUGGACAGCAAAAGAGAUUUCAACAGUAUCGGGAUGGGCGGGUACGAAAUCCGCUACCCGGAGAAAACGUUGGAUAAAAAGAUGAAGAAGUCGCUGAUAGGCGGGAACCACAGUAAGAUCGUGGUGGAGCAGAGAAAAAGUGAGUAUUAUGAGCUCAAAGCCAAGCUCCAAGGAACGCCUGAUUACCUGCAGGUGCUCGAGGAGCAGACUGCGCUGAGUAAAAUGUAGGGAUUGUUGUGUUUGAUUUAGUGCAUUGAUUACAUACACAAGGAAGUCAGACACACAUGCAGGCAGACAGACAGCCAAACACAUCUGCCUUUCUCUGGUUCUCUCUCCCCCUUUGGCCCCACACAGACACACACACACAAGCACUAUUCAAUCCCCUUCCCUCGAUCUCUUGCUUUCUGUCUUCUCUGCCGCCACACGUACACACAUACUCCCACACACAGCGAAAAAGUGCCUUCUGGAAGUCCUUAAUGACCAAUGCAGAGAUGGACAAAAUGGCUCCACAUCACAAAAAGCUAUUACUAGAAUCAGCGUGGAUCUAUUUCACAGUAAAAGACGUUUUGGAUUAUCCACGCCACUACAUGUAUGAAUCCCACAUAAAGACCCUAAA